GCAGUCAGACACGGCAGAGAAGACAUUACUACAUCUCUGACAGAGUUUGGAGUAGUUGUUGCUACAGGAGACGGAGGACUGCUGAAUCAGGACUUGAGGACCUUCUGGGACUUUUUACUAUCUUGUCCGUCUGUAUGUCAUGGUUAUUACUCUUUUGAAACAAAGUGAACUUUUGAUGGGGGAAAAGCUCCCAAAGGUGCCAGGAGACCCCGAUCUCCGCAGUGACACUUUGAGCAGACCGAUGCGGACCCUCAGGGUUAAGAUGGUUCUUCUGGGGGGCUCUGGUGUGGGAAAGUCCAGCCUGGCCCUGCGGUUCUGCAAGGAUGAGUUCAGGAGGACAUCACCUACUGUAGGCUGUGCAUACCUCACACAGUUGGUGCAUCUGCGUGAAGCCACUCUUCGCUUUGAGAUUUGGGACACGGCAGGGGAGGAAAAGUACCACAGUGUCACCCCCCUUUACUACAGAGGAGCCCACGCUGCACUGCUGGUCUAUGAUAUCAGCAAAAGGGACACAUUUAUCAGAGCUCAAGUGUGGCUCAGAGAGCUGGAGAAGCAGUACUUCUCAGGAUCCACCGUCCUGUGGCUGGUGGGCAACAAGGGCGACCUGGAACAGCAUCGGCAAGUGUCAGCGCAG